CGUGCAUGAGCUGAGUGCCACGCCCUUCAUGCAAUGCCUCCUUCCUCCAAUUCCUCUUCCUUUCGAUCUGUGAUCGGUGUUGAAAUGGGAGGAAGUGCAGGAAGCUGCCUCCGCUUUGGCUUCGUUCGCUGAUAAUUUGUGAAGCGAAUAAGUCCGAUUCCUGGCCAUGGCAGUUGCUGCCGCUUCUGCUGCUGCUAUUGUUUUGUUGCAGCUCUGCUGGUUCUCCUUUGGCUUGAACCACGAAAGCAGCGUGCUUUUGGAGGUCAAAAGAGGGCUCGAAGACCCGUCCAAUGCCCUCUCCAACUGGGAGGUCGGUGCCGGCGAUGAGACCCCUUGUAACUGGACCGGCGUCGGUUGCUCCGGCGGCAGGGUGGCCGCCGUCGACCUCACCAACUUCAGCCUCGUCGGGCCCUUCCCGUCGGCCCUAUGCCGCCUCCCUGACCUUGCGUUCCUUUCCCUCUCCUUCAACUACAUCAACUCCUCUCUCCCCGACGCCGCCCUCGCCGGUUGUGCUGCGCUCGCCCACCUCGACCUCUCCCAGAACCUCCUCGUCGGUCGCCUCCCCGACUCGCUCGCCGACUUGCCGGCGCUCACUUACCUCGACGUCAGCGGCAACAACUUCUCUGGUGAAAUUCCGCCGUCGUUCGGGCGGUUCCGACGGAUCGAGUCUUUGUCGCUCGUUGCCAAUCUCCUCACCGGCGGUGUCCCGGAUUUCCUCGGCAACCUCACCACCCUCCGCCAGCUUAACCUCUCUUACAAUCCCUUUGCUCCCGGAAGCAUACCCUCCUCCCUAUCCGACCUCGCCUCGCUGGAGGUGCUUUGGCUCGCCGGAUGCGGCCUCGUCGGCGAAAUCCCGCGCUCCCUCGGCCGGCUCUCCAAGCUCCUUGACCUCGACCUGUCCAACAACGCGCUUUCCGGCCACAUCCCGGCGACGUUGGCCAACCUCUCCGACGUCGUCCAAAUGGAGCUCUACAACAACUCGCUCUCCGGCCAGAUCCCGCUAGGGUUUGGCAAUCUUAGUUCUCUGGUCCGUUUCGAUGCGUCGAUGAAUCGCCUCGAGGGGCCGCUUCCGGAUGACCUAUUCGAUGGCCCCCGGCUAGAAAGCCUCCAUAUCUACGCGAACCGCCUCACCGGCGGCGUCCCCACCGCUGUCGCACUGUCCACCAGCCUUGUCGAAGUGCGGCUGUUUGCCAAUCGACUCAACGGCUCGCUCCCGCCGGAGUUGGGAAAGAAUUCGCCGCUCACUCUCCUCGAUCUGUCGGACAACUUGCUCUCCGGCGAGAUCCCUCCCAGCAUCUGCGACCGGGGGGUGCUCGAGCAGCUGCUCUUGAUCGACAACAUGUUCUCCGGCGGCCUCCCGGUUAGUCUGAGCCGGUGCCGAACCCUCUCCCGCGUCCGCCUCAGGAACAACCUGCUAUCCGGCGAAGUCCCUUCCGGAUUCUGGGGCUUGCCGCACCUCUGGCUGCUCGAGCUCAGUGGCAACUCAUUUUCCGGUGGGAUCUCUCCGAUCAUUGCAAACGGAGCGAAUCUCUCCAAGAUCGUCCUCGACAACAACCAGUUCACCGGAAACAUCCCGGCGGAAAUUGGAGCACUUUCAAAGUUAUACGAGUUUUCUGCCUCCAACAACCGUCUCUCCGGUCCCCUUCCGGCGUCCCUUGGGAAUCUCGAAGAGCUUGGGCAGCUCGACCUCCAUCACAAUCUCCUCUCCGGCGAAGUACUUCGAGGGGUCCAGUCGUGGACGAAGCUCAGCGAACUGAAUCUCGCCGACAAUGCGUUCUCUGGCGGGAUACCUCCAGAGCUUGGCAACCUCCCGGUGCUCAACUACCUUGACCUCUCCGGUAAUAACCUCACGGGAGAGGUUCCCAUCCAAUUGCAGAACUUGAAGCUCAAUGAAUUAAACUUAUCGAACAACGACCUCUCUGGCGCUCUCCCACCUCUUUUCGCCAGGGAAGCCUACCGGGACAGCUUCCUCGGCAACCCUGGACUCUGUAAGGCAAUAUCUGGGCUAUGCCCUGUUUCGCAUGGCAGAAGGUAUCAUCAUAGCUCCAUGUGGUUGCUUCGCUCCAUCUUCAUCACUGCUUCCUUGAUCUUUGUCGUCGGAGUCGCUUGGUUUUCGUGGCGAUAUCACAAGUACCACAAGGAGAAGCAGGUGAAGGAGAAGUCCAAAUGGACACUGACUUCGUUCCACAAAUUAGGAUUCAGUGAGUUCGAGAUCUUGGAUUGCCUCGACGAGGAUAACGUGAUCGGCCGUGGAGGUUCAGGGAAAGUUUACAAGGCCAUCCUCAGCGACGGAGAGACUGUUGCAGUGAAGAAGCUGUGGGGAUCUUCAAAGGAUGUUGAGAAUGCAAAGCAAUCCGAUGACGACGGCUUCGAGGCAGAGGUUGCUACCCUGGGGAAGAUCCGGCAUAAGAACAUCGUGAAGCUCUGGUGCUGCUGCAGCCAAAGAGACUGCAAGCUUCUGGUGUACGAGUACAUGCCUAAUGGGAGCUUAGGAGACUUGCUGCACAGCAGCAAAGGAGGGCUUUUGGACUGGGCGAUGCGGUAUAAGAUAGCGCUCGAUGCAGCAGAGGGGCUUGCUUAUCUCCACCACGACUGCAUGCCCCCAAUCGUGCACAGAGAUGUGAAAUCCAAUAACAUCCUUUUGGACGGAGAAUAUGGAGCGAAAGUGGCAGAUUUCGGGGUUGCCAAAGCCGUGGAGAUGAUCGGCAAGGGCCCAAAAUCUAUGUCCAUGAUUGCUGGCUCCUGUGGAUACAUCGCCCCAGAGUAUGCUUACACGCUCCGAGUUAACGAGAAGAGCGACAUAUACAGCUUCGGCGUGGUCAUUCUCGAACUAGUGACUGGCAAACUCCCAGUUGAUCCCGAGCUCGGAGAAAAGGACUUGGUGAGGUGGGUAUCCAGCAGCGUCGAUCAGAAGGGAGUGGAAUUCGUUAUCGAUCCAAAGCUCGAGGUGUCUCGCAAAGGGGAGAUCGGCAAGGUUCUCCGCGUUGGCUUGCUCUGCACCAGUUCUCUCCCGAUCAACCGCCCCUCCAUGAGAAGGGUCGUCAAGAUGCUGCGAGAAGUUUGUCCAGAAAUCAAACACAAGAGCGAGAAGGACGGUAAACUAUCGCCGUACUACUCAGAAGAUAAUUUCGACUUCGGAAAUAAUGUAUAAAACGGAAAUCUGCUUGUAUCACAGGCUUUUUGAUGCCUGUUUCUUGCUCUGAUGAUGGCAUCUAGCCAUUUGCGAAUUGCGACUGGGAAAUGAUAAACGGGAGGAUGACUGAAACAUUAAACAAGUGAAUUGGCACUCUGUAAUUUCUGUUGUCGGGCGGUGGAUGGACAAUGGACCGCAUGCAUACGGUCGAAGGGUACUCAGCUCCGUCUGUUGCUGUUGCAGUAUAAUAAUUGGAUUGCGUUUGGUUAUGUUCAAUUUUAAA